CGGGGCCUUAAGCAGAGUCACUGUGCGGUGCAAGAGAGGAAAUUUAACCAAAGGCUAAAUUGUGGAGGUCUGGGAAAGUGAGAAAUAACGACACGAAAGAGAAGAAUAUCUCAUUUCAAAGCCCUGCCGGUCCAGAGGCCUUCCCUUUUUCCCUCUCUUCGUAUCUCUUUCUCUCUCUCUCUCUCUCUCUCUCUUCUCUCCUUCCCUCUCUCUUCCUCUGUGUCUCUCCCUUCUCUUUUUCCCCCUGGCCUGGUUCUCUGGCCCGUGAGCUCCAGCCGUCUGCCCAGCGCCCAGGCUUUUCGGCGGGUACCUGCCCGAUCAGCAGCCCCUCUCUUCUGAGUCGCCCUCUCGGCAUGGCGGGGCGAGGAGGACCGGCGCGGACCAACGGCGCCGCUGCCGCCGGCAACAAAAUCUGCCAGUUCAAACUGGUCUUACUGGGAGAGUCGGCCGUAGGCAAGUCCAGUCUGGUGCUGCGUUUUGUCAAGGGCCAGUUUCACGAGUACCAGGAGAGCACCAUCGGAGCUGCAUUCCUCACACAGACCGUAUGUUUGGAUGACACGACAGUAAAGUUUGAGAUUUGGGACACAGCAGGACAGGAGCGUUACCACAGCCUCGCCCCCAUGUACUACAGAGGAGCUCAGGCCGCCAUCGUAGUCUACGACAUUACCAACACGGAUACAUUUACUCGGGCAAAGAACUGGGUGAAGGAGCUCCAGAGACAAGCUAGUCCAAACAUCGUCAUCGCCCUGGCCGGCAACAAGGCCGACCUCGCCAACAAGAGAGCUGUCGACUUCCAGGAAGCCCAGGCCUACGCGGACGACAACAGCCUGCUCUUCAUGGAGACGUCCGCCAAGACGGCCAUGAACGUCAACGAGAUCUUCAUGGCCAUCGCUAAGAAGCUUCCAAAGAACGAGCCACAAGGCGGGGCUGGACCAGGAGGGCGGGCCAGAGGCGGAGUCGACCUGCAAGAAACGGCACCUCAGGGUAGAUCCGGCCAAUGCUGCAGCGGCGGGAACUAACCAUCGGACCAAUCAACCAGCAGAUACAACCAACCAACUAACCAACCAACCAACAGGAUCAACAGAGGCGUGCGCACGUACACACACACACACAGUUUCAGCCCAUAUUCAGAGGGAAAAGAAAAAACAUUGUACUCAUAACACAACUAAAAAUUUCACACUCAUUGUCGGUCUAAGCUGCAGUAACAUGGGGGUAGUUCUCGUGACUGGAGAGGAGAGAAUCAACUUGGAGGCAAAGAGUUGAAUGGUUAUCGUGAAACGCAACCUGUGGCUUCGUACCAGUUAUCUUACUAACCAGUUAUAACAUACACACACAUGCACAAACACUCACACACACACACACACAUACACACCUGCAUUAGUAUCUACCAACUGUUAUUUUCGGAACCAAUCAACUGUCUUCUACCAUCACCAUGGCAAAAAAAAAACCAUCCCUGUAACACAGGGAACAUGAUCAAUCCUAACCAAUCACACUCAAAGGAGAUGAGUAGUCUUCUUUAGUCUCUCUGUAUUCCAUUUAAAAAAGAAAAAAAAAAAAAAAAAUCAAAUUCGCUGCUGGUGGGAAAACAAGCCCCCCCUCCCCCCCUCCUCUCUCUCCCUCUCUCUUUCUCUCUCUCUCCCUCUUUUUCAGCAUCGCAGUCUCCUCCUCUUCAGACGUCUCUCUCUCUCCCUCCUCUGUGGUUUGAAUGCACAGUAUUUCUCUCCUGACUUUUACUGUUUGAUCUCAGACACCCUUUUCUUGGCCGCAAUCAGCACAGUCAGCCAGUAUUUUUAGCCCCCCCCGCACCCCCCCCAACCUCCAUGUGAGAUGAGAGAAACUUCACAGAAAAAAAGAGUCAGAGAAGAGAGGGGUGGAGAAAAAAAGUCUUGUUUUCCCUCCGGAUUCAGCCACUCUGUAGAUUCUGUAUUAUGUCAUGGUUAUUACUGUUUGUUGUUAUUAUUGUUGUUAUUAUUAUUACUACAAAUACUACUGCUACUCCAGCACACGUGGGAAAAAAAAACAAAAAACAUGGAGAAUGAUUAAAUAGUCUAGACCUCUGUCUCCAAUCAUUAAAACAAGAUGUUUCAAACUGUAUAACUAGUGCAUUAUCAAAUAUUUCUCACACAAAUGUCUCUCUUUUUUUUUAGCAUUAAUGAGAUAAAAUGUUUCAGAAAUCAUUGAAAACAUACAGAAAAUGUCAUUUAAAAAGAAAAUGACCUGUAAGGUAAGAUUUGCCCUCAUUUUGACCAAAAUCACAACUAUGUGUAUUAAAAAAAAAAAAAAAAAAAAAAAGGAACAACAAAAAAAAAAGCCUAUUGCUGUAUUAUUUGUACGCUGUAUUAUUAUUAUUUUUCUUUCUUCAAACAUGUAACCAAUCAGUAGUUAUCAAUACAGUACCUUCCCAAAAAAACAACAGAACACACUCAUCUUUUUUUCUGCCUUUUUUCUC